GUGUGUAGUUCAGUGUAACAGCUUUUGGCGCUUACAAAGCUAAACUUGUGUGAAUAGCAAAACUAAAGUGAAUUUCUUCGCUGAAUUUCUUCAAGUGUAAAAGGAAAACACAAACAAAUUCAAACAACAAAAUGGUUUGCCCAUGUGGAAGCGGUUGCAAAUGCGGUUCGGAGCCUAAGACUGGCAACUGUGGUUGCGGUUCGGCGUGCAAGUGUUGUCCCUGCGGAAGCGGUUGCAAAUGCGGCACACAAACACAAAGUGGCAGCUGCGGUUGCGGUUCGGGCUGUAAAUGUGGCCAAUAGUUGGUGGCAUCGCAUUUCAUUUGUUGAAAUAACCGUACCUUAUUAAGUUUAAGUUACACACUUUUUAUUUAUUUCAAUAAUAAUAAGCUUAAAUAUUGAAAACAAAAAGUAUACAAUUAAAUUUGUACAAAAUACAAACUAAAAGUUUAUGGCAUUUCGUUAUUAAUAAAAAAAAAAACUAAAUAGAAAAA